AUGGUGAACCUUCCAAGAUACGUAGCCCUCAAAUCCAAAUACAACAACAAUUACUUGCGUUAUGUGAACGAAGCCUCACAGGUGCAAAAGUUUUUGCAGUACUCAGGAGAGAGCGUUCUAACUCCAUACACAGUGUAUGAAUUGGAGCAAGCCAAAUGCGACCCUUCAUUAGUCAACAUAAGAUGUGCUUACAACAACAAAUAUUGGGUAAGUUGGCCUUCAGAUCAUCACUUCAUUGUUGCUCAGGCUGACAAUAUAGAGGAAGACAAAUCCAAAUGGAAUUGCACGUUAUUUCAACCUAUUUAUGAUAGCAAUAAUCAAGCAUUUCGAUUUCGUCAUGUCUAUCUUGGUUUCAAUGUGUGCUUGUGGAGAGGCUCUGCUCCUUAUGUAAACUGCUUGCGAGCGCAAUGGUCAACCCCUGAUGGCGAUCUUUGUGAUCUUAGCACACCCAUCAAUUGGGGAACUCUACUAUCGUUACCAAAACAUAUAGUUUUCAAAGGAGAUAAUGGUUACUACCUCAGUGCUCAGUGGAUCGAAGAGCAUCAAUAUUUGCAAUUUGCAUCUAAUGAUAUUGGAGAUCCCACCGUUGGAAUGGAAACAUUCAUUACAAAAGAUGGACAUAUUCGAUUGAAGUCAAACUACUUUGGAAAAUUUUGGAGGCGCAGUCCUAAUUGGAUUUGGGCUGAUUCAACCGACACCACGACCAACAAUUCUGAUACUCUGUUUUUGCCGACAAAAGUUGAUAAAAACGUUGUUGCUCUUCGUAACAUGGGAAAUAACAACUUUAUCAAGAGGCUCACUGCUGAUGGAAAGACGAGUUGCCUCAAUGCUGCUGUCAACACAAUUGACGGAACUGCAAGAUUGCAGUUUGAAGAGUCGGUUCUUUCGCGGGAAAUCUACAAUGUAAAGUUUCGUCCUUCUGAUUCGAGGAUCUAUGACCAAAGUACGCUUGUGAUGGCCACUGAGACUGCUACUAAUACAACAAAAGAAUCGCACACUAUGAACUUGAAAUUCACGUACACUGAAACUAAGUCCAGCAUGUGGAAUUCUUCAGUUUCUAUAAAAUUGGGCGUGAAAACAACCGUCCAAACUGGAAUUCCCUUUAUUGUUGAUGGAAAGGUUGAGAUAUCAGCUACGUUUUCUGGACAAUAUCAAUGGGGAGAAACAAAAACAACAUCAAAGGUGGUGGAAACCUUGUAUCAAGUAACUGUUCCGUCAAUGACCACUGUGAUUGUCAGCUUGUUGGCAACACAGGGUACGAGUGAUGUUCCCUACUCCUAUACUCAAUGUGACACACUCAUUAAUGGAGAAAUAAAAAGCUACCAAAUGGAUGACGGUGUUUACAAGGGAGUUAAUAGCUAUAAUUUUAAGUAUGAAACUAAAAGCAAACCAAUUACAGCUUAA